UCGUCCUCAGAGACCCUGAGCUCGUAGGGCGAAACCCUGGCCGCUGAUCUCACUGAUCCCCUGAUUUCGAUCCAGCCGCUAGCACAACUACCAUGUCAAGCCCCUUCCCCUUUGCAAAUAUCAGUUCUUGGAUGUCGCUAAGGAAGCCUCGGACUGCAAUCUCUCUUCAUCUUCUCGCUUUGUCUCGUCAUAGAUGGAAGUAUUUGUUGGGACCUCCAGUGAGGAGGAAGAGCGCAAAGAACUCAGAGAGAGAGAGAGAAAGAGAGAGAUGGGGUGGAAGGCAGCUGAGAAGAUAAUCCAAUGCUGGAAGAUCCUCAGAGGAGAUAAUGUAAUGAUUAUAAGAGGGAAAGAUAAGGGUGAGACAGGUGUCAUCAAACGUGUUAUCCGGUCCCAAAACCGAGUCAUUGUUGAGGGAAAGAAUCUGGUGAAGAAACACAUCAAGCAAGGACAAGGACAUGAAGGUGGGAUCUUUUCAAUUGAAGCUCCUCUUCAUGUCUCAAAUGUUCAAGUUCUUGACCCUGUUACUGGGAGACCUUGUAAGAUUGGAUACAAGUAUCUGGAAGAUGGAACAAAGGUAAGAAUCUCUAGAGGGCAGCAAGCAUCUGGAGCCAUAAUUCCUCGUCCAGAGAUCUUAAAACAAAGGAGAAAACCAAGACCUACUGAAUGUAUGUUUUCUUUUUCCAGCAACUUUAUGUCUAUCUGUUUGUUGAAGCACUAGCAUCAUUUUUUUCUUGCAGUUCUUCUGAACUAGUCCAUUCUCCUCACUUGUUUUCUUGGAUGUCUGAAUUGUAAUUUUUCUUGCUAGUGGUUGGUUUUGCUGUCUUAAAAAGUUCAAUAAAGAGCAUAUUUGUUCAUGCACAA